CUAGCAUUUUCUGGCUUCAUCACAAAAACCCAACCCAGCCAGAAAUCUAAUACCAGCAUACUGACAUCAUCUGCAGGAACCCUAGCUCCUCCCUAGCAAGGGAGGUCUACUAAAGAGAUCAUAAAAGGUAUGGUGUAAAAGGAGAGGGCACACUGCAGGGGCAAGAGGAGUACAGACAGCUGUGACGGGGCUGACCAGAAUGGAGGGCAAGGUGUACUUGAGAAGUGAGGACUAUGAACAACACUUCAGUCCCAGAGACUACCUGACCACCUUCUACAGCUUUGAUUCAGGCAUGGUGGCAGAGCGGGAGAUCGUAAAGUUUAGCCUGCAGAACCUCCACCAGACCUUCUCUGCAGGAGGCAUAAAGGGGGAUGUCCUCAUUGACAUUGGCUCUGGCCCCACCAUCUAUCACCUGCUCUCAGCAUGUGAGGCCUUCCGGGAGAUUAUCGUCAGUGACUACACUCCGCAGAAUCUGCAGGAGCUGCAGAAGUGGCUGAAAAAGGAGCCAGGGGCCUAUGACUGGUCUGCCAUAGUGCAGCAUGUGUGUGAGCUGGAGGGAGACAGAAGCAAGUGGCAGGAGAAGGAGGCCAAACUCCAAAGGACAGUCACUCAUGUACUGAAGUGUGAUGUGACCAAGACACCCCUGCUGGGGUCAGCCCAAGUGCCCCUGGCUGACUGCGUGCUAACCUGUCUGGCCAUGGAAUGUGCCUGUCCUGACCUGGAGACCUACCAGGCAGCCUUGUGCAGACUGGCUGGCCUGCUGAAGCCAGGGGGCCACCUGGUUACCAUGGUUACCCUGCGGUUCCAGCACUAUAUGGUGGGCCCCAAGAAGUUCGCAGGGGUCUACCUGGAAAAGGAGACAGUGGAGAAGGCUGUUCAAAACGCUGGUUGCCAGGUGCUGAAGUGCAGCUGUGUCCCUCUCAGCUACUCACAGGCUUACUGCGUCAACGACGGCAUGUGUUUUGUGGUUGCCCGCAAAAAACCCCAGUGCCUGAAGCCCCUGGCAGACAAGAGCCUUCCCUGGGGAAGUUAUGGCAAACAUUUAAAAAGUCUUGCUCCACAGCUUUCUAACACAGAUCACGUUGCUUCUAUCUGUUAACUGGUCACA